AUGGGCGAUAAGAUGAGCAAAUCUCAACUGUUUAUUUCACUGCAAUCUUCACAAAAAUUGGAUACAUCUUCUAUGACACAGUCAGUAGUAAGUGAACCACGUCGCCUGGUAUUGAAUAAGAUUAUUGGCGGCUUUAAGUUCGAAAAAGUUGAAGAUAGACCCACCCCUUCGGAAGUCUAUAAUUGGAGAGUAUAUGGAACGGCUCUUCUUGCAUCAUCGGCAGCUAUAAUUAUUGGUUAUGAUGGUGGAUUUAUUGGAGGCACUGUUGCCUUACCAUCUUUUAAAUCUGAGUUUGGCCUUGAUAAAAUGUCAGAGAGUGAAGCAGGAGAUAUAAUUUCUAAUGUUAUUUCAGUUUUUCAUGCGGGAUGUUUCUUCGGAGCAUUAAUUUCAUAUCCCUUUUCAUUCUAUUUGGGUAGAAGGCUUUCGUUGAUCAUAAGUGCCACAGCAAUCACAAUAGGGUCGGCUAUUAUGUUGGCAGCUCUGUCAAAAAAUGGACUUGGGCCAAUUUAUGCAGGUAGAGUAAUAGCUGGUUUGGCAGUUGGUUUUUCUACAAACCUAACACCAGUGUAUUUGAGUGAGAUUUCACCACCUGCGAUUAGAGGUAGAGUGAUUGCGUUAUAUGAAAUUGGUUGGAGAGUUGGUGAUUUAGUGGGUUUUUGGAUUAACUAUGGGAUUGAUUCUCAUAUGGGUCCUUCCAAAACGCAAUGGUUUAUUCCUUUUGCUGUCCAAUUAAUUCCAAGUGGUAUUUUUUUUGCUGGUAGUGUUAUUAUGAAAGAGAGUCCAAGAUGGUUAUACAGUGUAGGCAAACAUGAUCAAGCUAUUAAGAAUUUAAAAUGGUUUAGAAAUUUGCCAGAAGAUGAUGAAUAUAUGGUUUAUGAGGUUAAUCAAGUUAAGGAAUCAAUAGAAUCACAAAAGCUCCAUAUUGGUCUCAAAUUAUGGGACCCAUUUAAACAAGUAUUCUUCAAAGAUCACAAAAUUUUAUUUAGAUUGCUCAUCACCUGUUCGUUAUUUUUGUUUCAAAAUUUCUUGGGAAUCCAAUCUAUCAAUUAUUACUCCCCUAUUAUCUUUGCUAAUUUAGGGGUCAAAGGAACAAAUGCCACAUUAUUCUCAACAGGUAUGUUUGGUGUCGUCAAAUUUGUUUGUACCUUUAUCUAUAUUUUGUUUAUUGUUGAUACUUUUGGCAGAAGAAAAGCAUUCAUGGUUUCGUCCACAGUGUGUUCUAUUUGUUUCUGGUACAUCGGUGCUUAUUUGAAGGUUAAUGAUCCUUCUCAACCAGGAGUUCAAGCUGGCCCAGGUGGCACUGCUGCGAUUGUUAUGAUGUACUUCUGGAUUGCGUCUUUUAUUUUAGCUUGGUCUGGUGGUCCAUUUGUUGUCGGAAGUGAAGUAUUCGAUCAGAAUAUUAGAUCAUUUGUCCAGGCAAUCAAUGCUGCUAUUUCUUGGAUUCCUAUUUUCAUAAUGUCAAGGUUUACAACCAAAAUGAUUGACAAAAUGGAAUACGGCAUUUACUUUUUCUUUGCAUCUUUGGCAGCAUUGUCUGUUCCAUUCGUAUUUUUCUGUGUUCCUGAGACUAAAGGUAUUGCAUUGGAGGAUAUGGAUAAAAUAUUCGACAGAUCAUUACCAGCUCGUAAGGCGCACAAGGUCGUCCUUGGUCAAGUUAGAGCCAAUGCAAUUAGUCAAUUAGAGGGACAUAGAGGACUUUACAAAAUGGACACUAACAAAUCAAAUGAAAUUCAAAAUAUUGAGGAUUUAGAGUUAAUGGUCAAAAACGAGAAGUGA